UAGCAAACAUAGGAUACAUAUGAUGGAUGUUAAAGACUUAUUGUUGAGAGCGGAGCCGCUGACAGAGGAAAACUUCAAGCCAUAUGGAGAUGUUAUAGAGAGUAAAAGUCCCUCGGGGUCAGUAAUCGCUGCAAACCAGGGCUCUGCUGUUCGAUCCAAUCGAGUCGCUGCAAUGAUGAAUAAAAGGGCAGAUGCUGUCGCGAAUCUGUGCGUCUUUCGGUGCACGCCGAAAGAACUUCCGUUUCAGUGCAAACUGCUUGAGAGGCAUCCGCACUCCACGCAAGUCUUCAUACCCAUGAUGGACGAAUCGAAACGCUAUCUCGUGAUUGUCUCGGAAGCCACAGAAGGGCCAGAGCCGGACCUCAGCAGCCUCAAAGCGUUUAUAGCUAGCAACACACAGGGAAUCAGCUACAGUGCAGGCUGCUGGCACCAUCCUAUGGUAGCGCUGGAUGCUAUGACAGACUUUGCUUGCCUAGUGUAUGAAAAUGGUUUGGCCGACGAGGAUUGCCAAGAGCACCAUUUCACACAGACCAUUAUGAUAGAAGGAUGAAUACGAACCUUAUUAUAGUUUGAUAUUUGAGACCGUCUGCUAUUACGCUAAAAUUUGAUGAAAGAAGUUAGUAGAAAGAUAAAUAAGCC